CAAGUGAAAAUUAUAUAAUUAUAGUAUAUUGACAUUGUUUUUAAUGUUUACUCUAUACUGUGGAGGUAACAUUUCUACAUUGAUGGUCCCCACAUUUAGCUGCUUACUAUGAACUUUGGCUAUUUCAGAAUAUCGCUGAGAACCUGGAGUGUGAAUUAUAAGCCUUAGUUCAAUACAGCAAGCUUGGUGAUGGCCCAGGCGUGAGGUUUACAGCAGUCUGUGCCAUCUCAUUCAGAACAGAUUUUGCAAGGAAGACAGUGUGUAGUGUCCAGUCUUACUGAUUGCCCAAUAAAGCAAUUAGUGUUCACACCUAUAUCUAGAAAAUUACCAAGUUGGGUGGAGAGGACACACUGGGUAGAGUCAGCGUCCUCUGCACUUCCCUUCUGAUGACUUUAGAAAGGCUUUUAUUUUGCUUUGGUUUUGGUCCAGGCCAAAAUAAGAGCGCAGUAACCCACUUACGAUGACUAAAAUCUAGUAGCGAUCCUUCUUCACUUGCUGUUUGGCUCCUGUAGUUUCGGGAGUGUUUGUUUAGCUGUGUGACUAACUUCUUGAGGAUUUAGCACAGACAGGAAUCUCCAUUGAGAAAACACGCUCCUUCUUGCCACUGCUGGCUAUUUCUGUGUUUAUUGUCUAUUGGGAAGAGGUGAUCCAUGUUCACAGCCCACCCACCCCACACUUGAGCUCUUCUGCCCAUGGAGCAUGCUCCCCAGACCUUACGGCUUGCUUCUUCUGCCUUUCCCCUCUCCAGGGUCGGGGUCUUACUGCACUCUGUAGAGGUUUUGCGGUUCGCAUGGCUUUGUUUUCUUGAAAGCAUGCUUUAAAGCACAGUGAUUCCUCGUUGGUUGGAAGUGUGUGUUUGUGUGUGUACGUGUGUGUGUGUGUGUGUGUGUGUGUGUGUGUGUGUGUGUGCGUGUACAUGUGUGUGAGUGCACAUCUGUGUGUGUUCCUCAGUGUAUAUGUCUGUAGGUAAAUUUAUUUGAUGCAUCUUAGAAUCAUAACAAGUAAUCAGUAACUUCAGCCAUGUGGGUGCAUCUUGAAGACUCCUUUUCUAGGGUGUAUUCUUGAAAUUCUCAGAAUUUCCCAUCACCGCACAGCUAGGACUGAAAUGGAGCCAGACACUAAGUUGUAGCAUUUGCCGGGUUCUCUCCUAACCAUCCCUGGAGCCAUCUGGAGGACUUCCACUGUCGUGGCUUCUGUAAGCCAGACUUUCUGUGAGCUGCUUCUCGGGAUAUGCAGAAUUGGAGGCCAACCUCGGGAGGAUCUUUCUGACAUCGUUCCUGUAGCUGGUGAAGUCCCGAGAACAUACGUCUUAUAUUUGAUCUUGGUUAUACCUGUCAUUGCAUUGAAAGUUUUAGAUUUGUGGAUUGACAUAGAAAAACCUAAGUGGGCCACUGUGGUAGAUCUGUUAGUCACAAUAUUGAUGGUGAUGGUAUCUGCUUUUAAGGACAUGCGUUUCAAGUAUGCACAAAAUGCCGGCAUGAAAGGGUCAAUUGAGAGGCCCGGGAAUUAUUCAGCUAUAGACAUAAGCUUUGAUGAGGUCAUGGAGGAAAGUUGGAAACACUGCACUUUCAGUAGCUCACUGACAACUACGGGAUGCUCUUCUGAGCUCCUUUCCCACAGGCACUGCAAGGCACACUUAGACCUACAUGGAAGUAAUAGUCACCGAUUAUUAAGCAAGGACUUGGGCUAAAUACUUAACCCAUGUGACAGUGAAUACGUGAAGCAGUUCUGGAAUUAUCUCUGUGCAUCCACGUACCUAGGGCGUUUGGAAGGCUGUAUAUUAAAAAACCUGUGUCUGUAUUGUGAGAAAUGUAGUUCUUUUCAGUUUUAUCAUGAAAUGGUUCUGCAUGGACUCUGGUGUUCCAUGGCUCCUAUCAGGUGUGCUGUCCUUUGUCUGCAUGUAUUAGCUCUUUUCCUAUCAGCCCCCAUGCUUAGCGUGCUCUGUGUAACCCCAGCACAGUGUGUCAAACACUGGCUCUCAGCUCAGCUGUAUGCUAGUCACCCAUGGGAUCCCCAGGAGCAGCUCCUGGGCCCCAGGCCCAGAGCUCCUGAUAUUUUUAGUGUGGUAUAGGCAUCUAAUUUUUACCAGACCACCUAUAUGAGUCUCUGUCACAAAUCAAGAGCCCUGUGUCCUUUCUGCCAAAAGGUUGCUGUGACUUUCCUAGGAAUAGCUAUAGGUUAAAUUUGAGACUUGUUAGCUGAGGCUAAAGUGUAAGUGCAUUAAACCAGUAGACUGCUGUCUACUGACUAGCUCAGCUGACAAUACCUGGGGCAGAUUAGGUCAUGGGGCUGAGGGUUUUUCUUUCUGUUUGUCUCCCUGACCCUGUAAUGUAUUUUUCUAAUUUUAUUUUUGAGAGUUUGUUUGUUUGUUUGUUUUUCUCUCUUUUAAUUGCUUGUGGAAAUUCCCAACCUGAAAAGAAGUUGGGGAGGGUCCAUGUCAAAGCUUUCUCUCUCUCUCUGUACCUUUUAAAACUCGUCGUCUUUCUUGAGCCUUGAAGACCAACGUGACAAGCUGACUUUUCUACAUGGAAACAUCAGCGGAAGCGUGUCUUGGGUGCCCUCACCCAAACAGGCCAGAGGGGCUAAGCGGCCCUUUUACUGCCUCAGUGUUGUACUUCAGCUUGCAUAAAAUUGAAACCUCUUUUGAAGUUUUAUUACAUAAAGUUUGCAAGAGGAAUUUUUGUGAAGGGCAGGGUGACUCUUUGGGAGGAGUUGCGAUUUCAUCCUGUGACUGCGUCUUCUCCCUUGUGGUUUCUGGGUGGUUCCUUGCCUUGUUGUGCUCCUCUCAAGCAUAAGUGUCAGGCUGGCAUGGACAGAGUUUACCUUGUUGCCCAAAACAAACUCCUGAGCCGUAUGUCGUGGGGAAACUGAGGUUGAAACUCCAAAAUUUGAAGCCCAGAAAGAGCCAAAUACUUAGUAGCUUCCCAUAAACAUUUCUGACAUCUGAAGUCCCACAUGGUGCCUAUAUCCAUAUGUGUUCAGAAUGAUCUUUCUCAGGCAAAAAAAGAAAGUAUGAAUUCCAGAGGCUCUGGGUUUUGGAAGGUAGGGUUUACAAUAGAUUUUCUGUCUUGGUGAUCAAUUGACAAAUACUUUUCUAGGCAGGGGAGAUGCCUUCAGACUUAGAAAAUGGAUAGUAAGCAGAUGAGGUCAGUGACUGGGGACACUGUGGAAUGAUAGCCUCUGAAUUGCCAAUGUCAGUGUCCUUGUAGUGACUCAACUGGGUGUGGCUUCUGGUAGUUCAUAUGCAAGUGUGGGUGAGAGUGAGAGACAGUUGACUUUACAACUCAUAGCAGAGUUUUAUUUUAAACCCCUUUCCACACUGCCCCCAAACCUCAGGGAAUUUCCCACAGUGAGUGGAUCAGCUGGCCAACCUGCAGAGCUCUUGAUUUCGAGAUGGCAGUUGUGCUGUGGAGAUUAGGGUGUGACAUUCCAGGAAUGUGUUCCGCUGAGACAAGCCGAGAUGUCAGAGACGCGUCUGGUCAGCUGAGUCCCACAAAUAAAAGUUCUCCCUCCCUGCAACUGCUUAAUCUUAUUCCCACUCUCUCUUCUGUGUCCAUUAAACAUCACCAGGACUUGCUGAUGCUACCCACUUGAAGGUGGCGGCACACGGCGUUUGCGCAGUCUUUAGCCCAAUGCCUGUGAAAGUUUCUCUACAGACAGGAAGGGAAUCAAGCUCUACCAAGUCUUUAUUUAGUGAGUGGGAACUGACAGCACCAAACAGUCAUUUCCUUUGGAAGCUCACACCUGAGGUGAUCUAGCUUUUGUUUUUCCUAUGUUGGUCUGCAGACUCUGACCAUCUCAAUGUUUGUCUUGGUUUUGUGUUUGAGGUUUCAUCUAACCAGGUUUAAAUAAUAUAAUGGAUCAAUUCUUUCUUGUUUUUUUUAGAGAAUAGAGGAGACAAAAGUAUAUACAACUUUUCUUUGAAUGAUAAAAGUGAGUCAGGAAAUACAAAUAUCUUUCCUAAUGUUCUGUAAGUGGCUAAGUUAGGAUUUGAACCCAAGUCACAAUUCCCGGGCUGCCAGUACCUCAGUCACCCAUACUCUGAGGACAAUGGGCUCCUUGAAGGAGGCUAAGUUUAACUAAGAGUCUUCCCCAGGUAAUGUUUCUGUUUCCUCCCCUGCAAAUGCAGUUAUUAAAGUAAUUUGGUGUGAAAACAGGUCAUAAAAGAAGGGCUCUUUCAAACUUGCUUUCUGUUACCAGGAAGGUAAAAGGGCCUCUGAGCAAAUCGUUCUUCUAUUUUGAGUCCAUUGAAUGAGUUUUACAGGAAUGCUGGUAGCUGCUUUUCUCUCUGAAAGCCUGUGUGGAAAUAUAGAUUAUGUAUUCUUGAUAAACUCUUGUUAGGAUAUCAAGAAGGGAUGAGAUUGAGCAGCUUCUGGCUUAAGGGCAGUGAGGGCUGGGAGCAGAAGUCACUUCUUCAAGGGUCAGGGUUUAUGGCAUCUCCAGCAUAGCUUUAUCUGGUAAGCCCUGAAGUUUGCAAACAUAGUCAUCAAAGAGAAUAUACAUAAUGUGUAAUCUGUUCAACUUCUCUCUGAGAAUUUGCCAGAACUAUUUCCAGUAGUAAGAAGUUAGCAGUGUCUCCUCAGCCAUUGUCAUAUACCAGUUAAUGUUCUAUGUGGCCAACACCACUGCUUGUCUGCUUGUGCGUACUGUCCUUAAAACUCAAGUUCCUGCAUUGUGGUUGCUGUGGGCUGUUAUCAGAGCCAGCCAUAGACUUGGAGUUUGUGACUUCAGGAGGCCCUCUUGUCAACCAUGUACCAGAACGUGGAAGGAAGGAACAAGUGUGUCUUGCAACACAUGUGUCCUUCCCCAGUGACGCAUGGUCUUACCCUGGGCUCUUCUUGAAAGCUCUGGGGUGAACCAGAAAGCUACAUCGUUUUGCUUGUUAAGGAGUAAAACUUGUCCUCUUAAACAACUGAGGUUUUGGUGGAACCCAGCUGGCCAGGAAGUCUUAGCUUAUGUUUUUGUAACCUCCACUUUUAAAGGUGCCUUUGCACAGGCUUCAGGUGGGUCUUACAGAGACAGUGAGGACAGGGACCCAGUGGGAGAACUUUGGCCUUCACCUGUAAUUUGCCUAUUGACUCAAUUCCCAGGCUAGCAGCAGGCCUGCUGCCCAGUGAGUGCCUCAGCUCCACAGUGAGGCUGGGACUCCUCUGGUAGAGAGAGAGCUCCUGUGACACUUCUGGUUUGGCUUCUCUCCCAGAUGAUUGAGCUGUCCUGGCUCCCAGACGAUGGUUUCUGUCAUGUGAACAACACAGACAUCCUCACCAAGAACACUGUUCUGUUGGCUUUAGGGAUUUAUACUGUGAACCAUGAGGUUAACAUAUUGAGUCAUACCACUAGACCUGCCAGUUUUUCAGGGUGAAAAUCUAGUGGUGUCCUUGUCUGCUCUCCCCAUGAAAGGUGGUGAGGGAGGGGGCAGGGUUUCUGGCAGGAUCUGGGGCAGGGACUUGGAAGCACAAUUAAGAAUGUAUGUACUUGGGGCUGGGGAUUUAGCUCAGUGGUAGAGCGCUUACCUAGGAAGCGCAAGGCCCUGGGUUCGGUCCCCAGCUCCGAAAAAAAGAACCAAAAAAAAAAAAAAAAAAAAAAAAAAAGAAUGUAUGUACUUGCUGGUUGAGUCCUGGUCUGGUCUGAGGGUGUUUGUGCAAUUUGGGCCCCUUCCCCCUCAUUUAGAGAGAACUAAGGAAGACCCAAGGAAGAAAAUCCAUAGGUUUGGAUUUUCAAUUUAGCUUCUGUGCCUGCCUGGAUGACCAGUGGACUCAGAAGUACUAAUCAUCAAGGGGUCCUUGGCUGUUGGAUGUUAGGAAUUUGUUUUCCCAGGUGUCUGGGUGGGAUCGGAGUGGGAUGCCCUCCUCAUUUUCUUCUUGCAUUAGAGAACACUGGGAUGAGCGAGCAGAGACUACUGAGUGAAUUUCCCAGAGCCACUCCAAGACAUGGAACAUCCUUUAGGGACCGAGUGUGUGGGGAAGGGCGGUGCUGUCUCUCCACUGCAACGCCCUUUCCGUUUCCUGGUGGAAAGGAUGUUGAAACUUGCAGGGUUUCGGAUGCUUCUGCAACCUUUGACUGUAUCCUAUGAUUCUUUGGCAUUUGGAAUCUGCUGUCCUUGGGAAGAGAAACCAGACAAGAGGAAUGUGAGAGGAGAGGGAUAGCCAGAGAAAGAAGCAAGGCUGUCUUUCCCUUUCACGUGUUCUUGAUAAGAGGUCUGGAGUAGGAUCGCUGUAGCCCAGACUGCAUUGGGUGCCCUGAAAACUAAACUGACAUUGGAGGAGGCACUGAAAGCAAGUGAUGCGGCAGCUGGAGUGGAGACAGAGCCCCGCCCCUCCAUAAGGUUCUCAUGCACGCAGAGUUCGCCCUUGGACCUCUGUCUGUGCGUGUGACUUAGACUUAUUUUGACUCAGAAAUUUCAGAGAUCAUUUGAAAUGCUUGUAAUUUGGUGUUGAGAUCUUUAACUGGAGAAUUUACUGUCAAAUAGUGUCUUGGCUAAAAUAGCAGAACUGGAGGACAGAAGGUCCCUUCUGAACUUGUGAGUACAUGCAGAAACUCUGUUGGCUCCUAGGGUAGUGGGUGGCUAGCAGGAGCUUUGUGCUGCUGGCUCUUUUCCUGGUCCCCACCUGUGUAGGCCUAGUUUCCUUUGUACCAGCUCUAGGUAUAGAAAAACCUUGUGAAGAUCGCCAGUGAGUCAUCUCAUCUGCUCCCUUGGUAUGGACAGACAUCUUUAAAAUGUGUGGCAGAGGUCUCCGAUGAACCAAUUUAAACACUGUACAAAUCAGUCCAGCUUACAUGGGGCACUCGUGUGUCCUGCUUUAUGGAAAGCAAAUGUUACGUAUCCCCUGUGCUGUCCCUGGCAUUAUCAAAGGGAACGUGCUAGCAAGGGUGCUCUUACACUUGGAGCUUCUCGCCCAUUAGAAAACAAAAAAGCCUAAUCAUCUUCCUCUCCAUCCCCUAAAACUGGCUUUAUUUUCUGACCAUUGCGGUACUGAGAGGUCUUGCUUGUCUUGUUGAAGAGCAGCACAAAUGAGUCUGACUUUGAGCAGGACCACAGAUGGCUUGCAUUUCUCCCUUUGCUCAGCAAAGUGCACCUGCUCCAGACCUUUAGCUUUAAUUGCUUCCUUGUGCUCAGCAUAGCCAUAGUCAUCGGUAAUGCUAUAGAUGGAUUGCAUCGGGAUGUCCCAGAGGUGACUUCUUUCUCUGCCCUAGUGCCAAAAGCUGAGAUUAGAGAAGUGUUUUGGUGAGGGCCCAGCUGUCAGGGUGGAAUUCAUCCUUUCUUUCAGAUUGAUCUCAUUAAAAAGGAGCCAAAAAGUGACACACAGUUUCCUCGUUCAGCAACCACACAUGCCCUCUCUACUCAAGAGACGGGCCAGCUGCCCUGGUCCCCGUCAUGUCCUCCAGGCUGUGAACUCCCAGAGUGGAGCUCCAGCAAUGUCUCAGGCUCUGUCUGGCAUGUUGAGGGGACGCAAUGAAGAUAAUGAAUAAAAAAAAUAUUUUCUUAAGCAAAGGAUUUUUUAAGCGUGAGGAAUUGGGGAACUACCUAAAGGAUUUUGUGGUGAGUCUACUUCCUAUGGAUCUUAUUUGUGAAUGAGGUGACAGAGAAGCGAUCAGCCAGUUUUCCCAAAACUCUUUUGCUCUGCUCCAGGGAAAUGUUGAACACCUGGAGGGUGAGUCACAUCUGCAAAGCUAUUGCCAGCUUCAAAACCCUGACUAGUGGCUAAGGAGUGCUCAGUGCUCCCGUUGGUUAUAAAUGUUCUGGUGUUGUAAAACCAGAUCGAUCCAAAGACAGUUGUGGUCAGGCCAUCUGAUCAUGUAGACACUUAUGCUUUGUAUUCAGCAAGCAUUUAUUAAAAGGACACUGAUCGCCAAGGUCUAACAAGAUUUAGUCCCUGCUCUCAGCAUCUCUGAGACUAGCGGAAAAACAGAUGUGAAAAGCACUGCUGUGUGUGUACAGUAGUGUGGCAAGUAGUGUCCCUGUCCCAUAAAAGUGGCAUUGUCGGAAUGAAUCCUGAAAAUGGUCUGAUGAGGAAGGAAAGCAUAGGUCGUUGAGAUGGCCCAGAAGAUAAAGACAUUCACUCACUGCUGUUACUGAUGACUUGAGUUCAAGCCCUGGAACCCAUGGGAGAUGGAGAGAACCAAUCCCUGAAAGUUGUCCUGUGUGUGCACAUAUGUGCACCUAAAAAGGAAAACAGCCUAGUCUAAUAAUCUAUGGGCUCAGCCAUGCAACUACUACGAAGGACUGAUGGCGGCAUGUGUCCACUUGUGGUUGGCCUAAGCUUACGCAGUGUUUGGGAAGUCGGAUGAUGAGGGCAGGAAAAUCCAGUCGGCCGGGGCUGGCAUUGCAGCGUGUGAGCCAUCUGAGUUUGGGCCUCUGCCCUCACCAGCUCUCAUUACUCACAUCCUGGGCUUCUCCCUGACUCAGUUGUGCCUGUCACCUCCCUGAUCCAGGCCAGUGCACACACUCCUCCAGUCUGGAAACCUUUCUACUGACAUUUUUCUCCUACUUUAUCCUUUAGGUCUCAGGUAAAUGUCACUCAUCAGGUGAGGCCUUCCUGAGCACUGUUUGGAUCAGCUCAGUAGAUGAAGUGCGUGCCUUCAACGGUGCAUCACAGCUCGUUAGCCUGCGGUCCAGGGCCUGCCUGGGCAGACCACCUUCCUUUUUUGUUCUGUGAACUAAGAAUGGUUUUCACAUAUUUGAUGGUAGCAAAAAAGUUUUAAAAAUACUGUUUGUGGAUAUGCUAAAACAUCUUUAGAGUUUUUAAAAAUCUUUGUUUUGAGAGAGGGUCUCACGUAGCUGAGACUGGUCUUGAACUCACCGCGUUGUGGUUCAUUGUCCUGGACCUUCUGAUUUUCCUGCUUGUACUUCCCUAGUGCUGGGGUUUCAGGUGUACACUACCAGAUCUCAUUUUCCAUGGUGCUGGAAUGAAACCCUGAGUUUUGCCCAUGUUAGUCUGCAUUGCCCCAACUGACUUGCAUCCCCAGCCUUGGGCGUUAUAACCUUACAUGAAGUUCAUGUUUCACUUUCUAGAGUGGAGUGUUAUUAGAACGUGGGCUCACCAUGUUUACAUAUGUCUGUGGCUGCUUCUGUUGGAAAAUGGCAGCACUCAGUGUUUGUAGCAGAGGCCAAAUUUUCUACAGCGCUUACAGCAUUUACUGUCUGGCCAUGCACAGGAAAGGUCUACCAUCUGGCCUGAACACGAAGGGCCAGAGAGAAGAAACUAUUGAAAUCAUCCUGUUGGGAGGUGAAAGGUGGCUGCCUCAGGCCAAUACCCUGACGUUGGAGAGGGUGGAGCCUGGGAUCCAGCCUGACAGAGCAAGCAACUUCCCCGACUUCUCUCUGCACAUCCCACACCUCACUCCCUGCCGGCCAGAUUUUCCUGUGUGAACACCUUUGCUUUACCAGCAAACCAACUCUUCCUCAAGCUUCUCCAGUGGCUCCGGCCUCCUCAGCUUCAUCUUUCCAGAGGUGACGGGAAAAGGUUCUGGGUGUGACGUGCUUGGAGAAGCAGUUGGAUCUGUGCUCAGUGAAGUGCUUGAGGGGGAGAGAGCCUGUGCAAGUGGCUCCUGCCUGAGAGGUCAAGUGGAUGAUUGCUUUAACUUCCUGUUUUGAUCUGUAUCUGGGGAUGCGGCUCUGAGAAGUGGCCAUCCAAAUAUGUGGAUGAACUGGCUGCCAGUUGGACAUCUCAGCUAUCUCUGUGCAUCAUGGAGUGUUGUAAUAUCAAGAAAUAGGAGAAAAUUCAACCAUGGCCCCAAGGAAGAGAGGCGGAAGGGGGAUUUCAUUUAUCUUUUGCUGUUUCCGAAACAAUGACCACCCAGAAAUCACAUAUCGGCUUAGGAAUGAUAGCAACUUUGCACUUCAGACAAUGGAGCCAGCACUGCCCAUGCCCCCUGUGGAGGAGCUGGAUGUCAUGUUCAGUGAACUUGUGGAUGAACUCGACCUCACAGACAAACAUAGGGAGGCCAUGUUUGCACUUCCAGCAGAGAAAAAGUGGCAGAUAUACUGUAGCAAGAAAAAGGACCAGGAAGAAAACAAGGGAGCAACAAGUUGGCCCGAGUUCUACAUUGAUCAGCUCAAUUCCAUGGCUGCUAGAAAAUCUCUGCUGGCUUUAGAGAAGGAAGAAGAAGAAGAGAGGAGUAAAACCAUCGAGAGUCUAAAGACAGCACUGAGGACAAAGCCCAUGAGGUUUGUAACCAGAUUCAUCGACUUGGAUGGCCUGUCAUGUAUUCUCAACUUUCUGAAGACCAUGGACUAUGAGACCUCCGAGUCUCGGAUACAUACCUCCCUCAUUGGCUGUAUAAAGGCACUAAUGAACAACUCUCAAGGCCGGGCCCACGUCCUGGCUCAUUCUGAGAGUAUUAAUGUAAUUGCUCAGAGUCUGAGCACAGAGAACAUUAAAACAAAGGUGGCCGUGCUGGAAAUCCUGGGCGCUGUGUGCCUGGUUCCUGGGGGCCACAAGAAAGUUCUGCAGGCUAUGCUGCACUAUCAGAAGUAUGCCAGCGAGAGAACCCGCUUCCAGACGUUAAUCAACGACUUGGAUAAAAGCACUGGGCGCUAUCGGGAUGAAGUGAGUCUCAAGACUGCCAUCAUGUCGUUCAUCAAUGCAGUGCUGAGCCAGGGAGCCGGAGUGGAGAGUUUGGACUUCAGACUCCAUCUUCGCUACGAAUUUCUGAUGCUAGGAAUUCAGCCUGUUAUAGAUAAAUUAAGGGAACAUGAGAAUUCAACACUAGACAGGCACUUAGACUUUUUUGAAAUGCUCCGAAAUGAAGAUGAACUAGAAUUUGCCAAAAGAUUUGAACUGGUUCACAUAGACACAAAAAGCGCCACUCAGAUGUUUGAGCUGACCAGGAGGAGGCUCACCCACAGCGAAGCCUACCCCCACUUCAUGUCCAUUCUGCACCAUUGCCUGCAGAUGCCUUACAAGAGGAGUGGUAACACAGUCCAGUACUGGCUGCUGCUAGACAGAAUCAUACAGCAGAUAGUUAUCCAGAAUGACAAAGGACAAGACCCCGACUCCACACCUCUGGAAAACUUUAAUAUUAAGAACGUCGUAAGAAUGCUGGUUAAUGAAAACGAAGUUAAGCAAUGGAAAGAGCAAGCAGAGAAGAUGAGGAAAGAGCACAAUGAGCUACAACAGAAGCUGGAGAAGAAAGAGAGAGAAUGUGAUGCCAAGACCCAAGAGAAGGAAGAAAUGAUGCAGACCUUAAACAAGAUGAAGGAGAAGCUGGAGAAGGAGACCACUGAGCACAAGCAGGUUAAGCAGCAGGUGGCAGACCUCACGGCGCAGCUCCACGAGCUCAACAGGAGGGCCGUCUGUGCCUCAGUCCCAGGAGGACCCUCACCAGGAGCCCCAGGAGGACCCUUUCCUCCCUCUGGGUUGGGCUCUCUUCUCCCUCCCCCACCACCCCCUCUCCUUUCAGGUGGAGCACUUCCUCCUCCACCACCUCCCCUCCCUCCUGGGGGUCCUCCUCCUCCCCCAGGGCCUCCUCCCUUAGGAGGAAUCCUGCCACCUCCUGGUGCUCCAGUGAGUCUGACACUCAAGAAGAAAAAUAUUCCCCAGCCCACCAAUGCCCUGAAAUCCUUCAACUGGUCCAAGUUGCCUGAGAACAAAUUGGAAGGAACAGUAUGGACUGAAAUCGAUGAUACAAAAGUCUUCAAAAUUCUAGACCUUGAAGACCUAGAAAGAACAUUCUCUGCCUACCAAAGACAGCAGGAGUUCUUUGUGAACAAUAACUCCAAGCAGAAAGAAGCAGAUGCCAUUGAUGACGCACUGAGUUCCAAACUUAAAGUCAAAGAGCUGUCAGUGAUUGAUGGUCGGAGAGCUCAGAAUUGCAACAUCCUUCUGUCGAGGUUGAAGUUAUCCAAUGACGAAAUCAAGCGAGCAAUUCUAACAAUGGAUGAACAGGAGGACCUGCCCAAGGACAUGUUAGAACAGCUUUUGAAAUUCGUGCCUGAGAAAAGCGACAUUGACCUGCUAGAAGAACAUAAACAUGAGUUGGACCGGAUGGCCAAGGCUGAUCGCUUCCUGUUUGAGAUGAGCAGAAUUAAUCAUUACCAGCAACGACUGCAAUCACUGUACUUCAAAAAGAAGUUUGCAGAGCGUGUGGCCGAAGUGAAGCCCAAAGUAGAAGCGAUCCGCUCCAGCUCAGAGGAGGUACUCAGGAGCAGUGCCCUCAAGCAGCUCCUGGAGGUGGUUCUGGCUUUUGGAAAUUAUAUGAAUAAAGGACAAAGAGGCAAUGCAUAUGGAUUCAAGAUCUCCAGCCUCAACAAGAUUGCAGAUACAAAAUCCAGUAUUGACAAGAACAUUACCCUCUUGCACUAUCUAAUAACCAUUGUGGAGAAUAAGUACCCCAAGGUCCUGAAUCUCAGCGAAGAGUUGCGGGAUAUUCCUCAAGCAGCGAAAGUGAACAUGACUGAGCUGGACAAAGAGAUCAGCACCUUGAGGAGUGGCCUGAAAGCUGUGGAGACGGAACUUGAGUAUCAAAAGUCUCAGCCCCCGCAGCCUGGAGACAAGUUUGUGUCUGUUGUCAGCCAGUUUAUCACCCUGGCGAGCUUCAGCUUCUCAGACGUAGAAGAUCUUCUAGCAGAAGCUAAAGAGCUGUUCACUAAAGCAGUGAAGCACUUUGGGGAAGAGGCUGGCAAAAUCCAGCCAGAUGAGUUCUUUGGGAUCUUUGAUCAGUUUCUUCAGGCUGUGACAGAAGCGAAACAGGAAAAUGAGAACAUGAGGAAAAGGAAGGAGGAGGAGGAGCGGAGGGCUCGCCUGGAAGCUCAGCUCAAAGAGCAGCGGGAGAGGGAGCGGAAGAUGAGGAAGGCCAAGGAGAGCAGUGAAGAGAGUGGCGAGUUUGACGACCUGGUCUCGGCUCUGCGCUCAGGAGAGGUGUUCGACAAAGACCUUUCAAAACUCAAACGGAACCGGAAACGCAUUUCCAACCAGGUGACGGACAGCAGCCGCGAGCGACCAAUCACGAAACUUAAUUUUUAGUUUCCUUGCAUCUUUUUCUAGAAAGCGCCGUAGCAGCCCUUUGGAGUGACUAGAACUUUUCAUUACACUGCCUUUCGAUCCAAAACAGUGGCGAUUUCUUCUCUCAUCUGUGAGUGAAGGUGUGAAUGUGUGUGUAAAUGUAUGUGUAUAUAUGUGAAAAUGUACAUACAAGUCUUAAGUGUUGUCCGGGGACCUAUGUGUAUGCUUAAAAAGUUCAUGUUAAUGUGUGCACCCAGAAACUCUUUGUGUAUGCAUUCAUAUUUCCCUGAACACCAUGCCUGUUCAGAAGCACAAUACUCUCUCCUGAAACAGAUGACAGACAUUCCUUUAAAGGGGGGUGGGGGGAGGAAAGAAGAAGUUAAGAGAAGCUUGUCUUGUGAAGUAUUUUAUGGUUCCCACAGUUGAUGUAGUGAGGCGAUUUUCACUGGUGGAAAAGGAAUUGGAACAGACUGGGCUGAGCUCAGCGCUCGUGGGCGAGGCACCGCGCCCACAUCAGUGAGUGACUAGCGAGCGGAACAGCUCUGAGGUUCCGAUGCUGCUGUUGGGGUACACACUUGCCUGGGGUACAAACGUCUGUUGAGAACAUCUUGCACACAUUCAUAUCAUGUAGGGUGUCAUUCACACUUCGUUUAUACAUUUAAAACUUGAACACCAAUUUCCCCCUAAUUUCAUCGAUUUUUCUGCCAAGUGCUCUUGAUGACUUCUUCCUUUGGUUUUGUUUUUGUUUUUUUGGAAACACACUUUCUAAAUGAUGCCUCCUGGAUCCUGGGUUAGGGCCAGAAUUGCCAGAGCCUCCUCACUGACCUAACAAUACAGUUCUGUAGACCUGACAAAUGAAAUUUCCCACCGAGACUUAGUGGAAGAACCCUGAAGAGUGUUCUUAAAGGCAUAGGGGUGCUUUAUGGGGUGUCUUCUGUUUUCUGUAUAGGCCGAGCUGCAUGUCCUGGGAUAAAGGGCAUUCAUAUGGACACGAAAUGUCAACAGUAUCUACAGGGAUGCUCAGAUCUAUUUAUCUCAAAAAUAUUUGAAGUGAUCGCUGUUACGUGUUGUCAUUUUAAAUUGUGUGUCAGUGACGCUACCUGUACAAUUUCAGUCCAAAAAAUAAAGCUCUCAGGGAGAAAUGAUAAAAAAAAAAAAAAACAAAAAAAAAAAAACAAUGAGCAGUAGAAAAUAAAAUAUGGACGCUUACCACUGGCCUGCCAACUCCUAGUAUCCUUAACUUAUGUGGUAUGUAAAGAGGACUGUUACUACUUUUCUUUUGCUUUAUUUAUUUGUACCAGGGUGUGGGGAGGGACUAGCGUUUUCUCUUUGUUCUCCUUCUGUCCUUCUGUGGCUGGGUUUCCUGUGGAGAGAGUAGUUUUCCCUAUUGCACUACAAUAUUAUUUACUCACUAAACUGAGGUUUUCAGUAAAGUAUCAACUGUUUAUUAAGCACUUACUAUGUACCGGGCAUAGUAGAGCUAUAGUGGUAGUAAGCAAGACAGAGUCCCUGCCCACCAAUGAAUUCUCACUCUAAAUGGGGUUUUCAGGGACGGUAGAAUACCAGUGUGCAUAGUACACAGGAACCAUACUAUUUAAAAAAUAAUCUCUAUGGACUAUAUUGUUUAGUGCAGAUGGCAAGGGAUCUGUGCUGUGUGAAAGCUGUGAAACAGUGCUCUAAGAAUUGUCAAGAGCUGUGGUUUUUACAUUUUUUGUUUUUCUUCAUCACAUACUUAGCAACUUUUCUACCCAUUAUGUAGAAGCAAAUAGCUCUUCACUAAGGCAGUCACAGGUGCAAAGCAGAGCUGACUCUCCCAGCCCCGAGCUAACCCCAGUCUGCAAGCAUCCUGGCAGUGGUGCCGAUGCAGACCUGGCUCGGGCCAGCCUGGGGAGGAGGAGCGGGGUGGAGUGAUGGAUUUCACUGUUCCUGAUCUAAAGUGCCUCUUUGUAUAUUCUUUUCUAUUGAUAGCAGGAAAAGUUUGGUCCAGCUCAGUUUUGGAACUGUGGAAAGAGACUCACACCAGAGAGCAAGUCUGUGUCGCAUGUCCCCUUGCCUUUCUUAGAAUCCUCCUCACUUCCAUGUAGCCCUCCUGGUAGGCCACCUUUGCCCUUCCCAGCUUCCGGUUUAUUUUCCUAAAGACUGUGCAGGUAACUUCAUGUGCCAUUGUUACAAAAAAAAAAAAAUGGACUUUUUAGACUGGUGCUGGUGUAAGUAGUCACUUUUCUCUCUUGAGUAUGUAUUUUAAAGAUUUUUUUAAAUAAUGCCAAAAAAAGAAAAGCAUUAUAAUUUCUAAACUUAAUCAAUGUCUCGUAUCUUACUAGCUUAGUAGUUGGACCCAUUUAGUCUUUAGAUGCAAGACUGUUGUUACAGAACCAAGGGAAAAAAAGGUGUCGUGUGUGCUAUGAGACUGUACAUUUUUUUAAAUAGCAAUAUGCAAUAAAGAUGACUUCACUGGG